UUUAUAAACACGCCUUUAUUUAAAUGCAUGCGGCGUAACUUGUGGAUGGGCCGCGAUGUGCCGAGGGGUAAGCCGUGCCCCGUUCCCAGCGGCACGGAGAUGAGCGACAGCUCUCAGCGCGCUGGAUGCCGUCAGCCAACAACGCGGCGUUACUAUGGUGCCAAAUAUCCGCCGGCCCCGGGCUGAGGGCUAGCAGAAAAGCCGACCUCGCCUCAUCGAGCCCCGGAACGGCCGCGCCGGCCCCGAGGCAGCGGCAGCCGAACGGCACCGCGGCCCGUCCCCCUACCCCGCCCCGCGGCCGCUUCCCCUCCCCCUACUCCCGGCCGUCCCCUGCAGGCCCGGCGGAGGCAAGGGCCUUAUUGGCGCCGCUGGGGCUGCUCGGGGAAGGUUUCUUGAAUGAGGGGAAGUCAAAGGAACAGUUCCUGAAACUUGCGCUGAGCCAACGAUUUCUAGAUGGAAGUAUAAGUACACUGAAGCUAACAGAGGACAGGAGAGGAAAUGAGACAAGACGUAUAUUAGAUGUGAUGUCAGAAUUCAUUGUAUGCUGAGCAGGCCAUCUGUGGAGAAGAAAAGAGAGCAAGAAUGAAAUACCUAUUCUUAAUAUUUUUCAUGAACUUUUUGCCACAAUAUGCUGGCAAGUCUUUGGGCAACUACCCCAAAACAUUUGAAGAGAUUAGAAAUGAGAUAGCUGGCUAUUAUGAUAUUGCUAAAGCUAUUAUUGAUCUUGCUGUUUAUGGAAAAGCUCAGAACAGAUCUUAUGAGAGAUUAGCUUUUUUUGCUGAUACCAUAGGACCUAGACUAAGUGGUUCAAAAAAUCUAGAUGCAGCCAUCAAGUAUAUGUACAGUGCCCUGCAGAAAGACGGGUUGGAGAAUGUGCACCUGGAGCCUGUGAAAGUACCUCACUGGGAAAGAGGAGAAGAGUUUGCAAUGAUGCUGGAACCAAGGAAUCACAGCAUUGCUAUUUUGGGACUUGGGAGCAGUGUUGCAACUCCUCCAGAAGGAAUUACAGCAGAAGUCAUAGUGGUAGCCUCUUUUGAUGAACUGCACAGAAGAUCUCAAGAGGCCAAGGGGAAGAUUGUUGUCUACAACCAACCUUUCAUCAGUUAUGGCGAAACUGUGCGGUACAGAUCACUGGGAGCAGUGGAAGCUGCUAAGGUUGGAGCAGUGGCAUCCCUCAUUAGAUCCGUUGCUUCUUUUUCUAUUGCUAGCCCACAUACUGGCUGGCAGAACUACCAGCCUGGCGUACCCCAGAUUCCCACAGCUUGCAUCUCUGUGGAAGAUGCUGAAAUGAUGUCACGGAUGUCCUUCCGAGGCACUAAGAUCGUUGUGUACCUGAAGAUGGGAGCCAGGACCUAUCCAGACUCUACUUCUUUUAACACCGUGGCGGAAAUAGUUGGAAGCAAGCACCCAGAGCAGAUUGUAUUGGUCAGUGGACAUUUGGACAGCUGGGAUGUUGGACAGGGAGCUAUGGAUGACGGUGGUGGAGCAUUUAUAUCAUGGGAAGCAUUAUCACUCAUUAAGGAUCUGGGUCUUCGUCCAAAAAGAACUCUGCGCUUGGUGCUGUGGACAGGAGAAGAACAAGGAGGAAUAGGUGCUGAGCAGUACUACCAGUUGCACAAGGAAAACAUCUCUAACUUUGAUAUCGUCAUGGAGUCUGAUGAGGGCACCUUCAAGCCAUCUGGGCUGGCUUUUACUGGUAAUGCCAAAGCUCGUGACAUCAUGAAAGAGAUCAUGGCUCUGCUACUGCCCAUCAACGUUACAGAAGUUUAUGAUGCUGCAGAUGGAACAGACAUCAAUUUCUGGAUGAGGGACGGAGUGCCCGGUGCCAGCUUGCAUGAUGACCUCAGUAAAUACUUCUGGUUUCAUCAUUCUCAAGGGGACACGAUGACAGUUCAGGAUCCAAACCAGAUGAAUCUCUGUGCUGCUGUUUGGACUGUUGUCUCCUAUAUAAUUGCUGACAUGGAGGAGAUGCUGCCAAGGUGAAUUAAAUCCUUAAAUGCCUCAAGUCAGACCUUUUGAUGUCUUUGGAAUCAGGAAUGCUCUCAGGAGAGAAGAACAAUGCUGCUGUAUGCACAUUGACUCCACAGUACAUCCCAAGAUGAGCUUGUUGGCUCAUCAGUUAAAUAAGAUAAGCUGUAAAAACUAAGGUCAUAAUGCUCCUGAUGAAGAUUUUACCUUCACGGCAACUUUGGAUACAUAGUUCGGGAGGGAAGAUUUGUAGAGCGGAUUAAAAAAAAUAAGUUCAAGAAUCAAAAUUGCAAUCUUAUUUUUAUGUUAACAAUGAAAUUGAAACUUAUACUUCUUGAAUUGAAAACCAAUCAUUUUUUCCCCCCAAAAGCAGGGUUUUAUUAAAAUAAGAUGUUCUCUUUUUGAUUCACCUGUUCUAUUUUGUCUGGCCUGUAAUAGUUCUCAGAUCUUAAGUUUCAGAUGCUUGCAUUAUUCUCCUGAUAUCCUAGCUCGUUGAGACAUACCUCUCAAAAAUUUCUGUAACAGAGAGAUGUUAAUAAAUUUUUUUCCCAGUGGGUUUUUGUAGUCGCUGUGCAACAGCUCAUCUUUAUCUCUGCUCAGUGUAGCAAUUAUGCUGUUCCAAUUGCUGGCAAUUAAACGUAUAUAGGAUAGUCAAUUUUCAGUUCAUGAACACUUCUUAAGUGAUCCAGGUAUAGCAACAUAACUUUACUUUACACUUGUAUACCACCGCAGCACUGUUGUCUUACCUUAGCUGAGAAAGUAGUAGCUGAGCACAUUAUUUCUAUUACUGUUAUUGUCAGUGUCAGCUGUCGUAAAAGUGUGCUUUCUGUAAGUAUUUUGAUGACAUUCUAAGAUACAGAGACCACGUAUAUUUUUCCCUCGAUAAAAUAAAAUACUGCCAGCUGUGGACUAGAAUGCUUUUUGCUUGCAAAGGCCUGUGAACUUGGAGCUGAAAAAAAGAGCAGUAGUAUUUAAAUAUGUGUCAAAAAAUUCCAAUUUUAAAUAAACAUUUUCCUGAAGGUAUUACAAAUCUCUCGCAUCCAGUGAGAAGGGAGGCCCCUGGGUAGGCUUCCUUUUUGCUACAACUCAAAGCUUUCAGACAUAGUUACAGAGGGACGAGUCAGAUACAUAAUUCAUUCACCCGACUAGACGAUAGUGCAAGUGCUGAUGAAAAGUCUCUUUUCAAUUCUGCAUAAUGUAACAUUGGUAAUUUUGCCCAUAAUAAA